CCAGUUCGAGAGAUCCGGUAAAUUUCUAUGAUAAAGAUCAUCUCUAUCAUCUCGGCCAUCGCCUCCCUCGUCCUCUCAAGAUCGAUCCCUCCGACCCUCCAUUUCAAGCUGUUCUACGAGACCCUCUGUCCGUACUGUCAGAGGUUCAUGGUCGAUCAAGUCGCCCCCAUCGUCGAUGAUCCGGAGACGGCCAAAUUCGUCGAUUUGGAUUUGGAAUUAAUCCCGUACGGUAACGUUCGCAAUGGUAAAUGUCAACACGGCCCAAUCGAGUGCGAAGGAAAUGCCUAUCAUCGAUGCAUCAUUGAUGUCCUUGACUACGAUCCUGCCAAAUAUCUCCCCGCCAUCCUCUGCAUGGAGGAGGCCUUCAAGAACUAUAACUUCACCGGCAUGGACCACGCACCCAUGGGACACUUCGGUCUAAUGUGCGUAAAGGAAGGCACACACUUCGAUGUUUCAACAUGGUGCGAAGUUCAUCGCUGCUACAGUUCCCCCGAAAGGUCUGCGAAGCUCGAGGAAGCCGCCAGGAAGGAGACUGAGAGCCUCGACCCUCCUAAGCAGUUCGUCCCCUGGAUCACCGAUAUCGAGGGACAUCAGCUCCCUGAUGCUCACGCUGAUUUCAAAGGAUAUGUAUGUGAUUAUUUACGGAACAACAGCUACGCAAUGCCGCCGGUUUGCCGACCGACCAUUUCCCUCAAUUUUGAGGGAGCAAUGUCUAUGAAGCGCGAGAGCUAUGCCUAGAUGAGACGACAUCUCAAUCCCGCUCUGUUUGUUUCCCAAGGGCAGAUCCAAGCGAUCCGCUCAACCUACGAGUGCUCUCACAUUACGUUCGACUUCAGGGGUUAUAUCUGCGGGUUUUUGAUGGAAAACAACUACCCAGUUUCGAGACUCGGCAGCAGGAACACUGUCGUCCAGAGGGUAUUCAAUUUAAUUUUUCGAGCGGGUUCAACAUUUCAUUAUUUCAUGGCAGAGUCCCAAUUUGUGAAUACGGCUCCUGAGCUUGUUCAAAAGCGUGCUCGGUCAUCACAUUUUCCGAUUACUCUCUCAUUAGGA